CUGUUCUGUUUCAGCUCUCCCGCGGCGGCGGCCGGCAAGAAGCGGGCGCGCUACGAGUUCGGGAGCAUCUAUAACUACAAGAAGCUCGAGGUGCUCGGGGAGGGCACCUACGGCGUCGUGGUGAAGGCGCGGGACCAGCGCACGGGCGAGACGGUGGCCGUCAAGUGGAUCCGCCCCGACGGCGGCUGCGCGCCCGGCCUCCGCGCGGUCUACCGCGAGGCGGGCUGCCUCGAGGAGUGCCGGGGCCACCCCUCGAUCGUGCAGAUGAAGGAGGUCGCCGCCGACGAGGUCACCGGGGACGUGUUCAUCGUCAUGGAGUUCGUGGGCCUCAGCCUCGAGAGCCGCCUCACGCGGGCCUUGUCCGGCGCCGAGACCCGCGCGGCGCCAAGAAGCUGCACGGCGCGGGCACGGUCCACCGUGACAUCAAGCCGGACAACAUCCUCGUCGCCCCGGGCAGCGCGCUGA